AUGGACCCAGUUACGCGCUGUUUGGCGUGCAGUGUCGGAUGUGCAUCUGCUGGCAUGGGCCGGUGCUUUGGAGUGGCUGACACAAUGUGCUGCAACUACUUUGCCAACGGAAGCUGUGUAAACCUCUGUCCUCAUACAACUCAGCCCGAUUCCAACUACAACUGCCAGAGAGUGGUGAUAGGUUUUGAGGAGAAGGUGUAUAUGGCUGAGGAAGGGCAGGCUAGACUGGAACUACCGGUAGUGGUGAAAGAGGGGGAGCUAACACAGAGAGUGACCCUGAUUGUUACCAUUAUUGACAGAACUACCACUGCUGGGGAGGACUAUCUGCUGUAUAACGACAGGGUCAGACUAAUCCCAAAUCUUAAAGCUGGUACCAGUGGUGGAAAAGUAGUGAUCGAGAUAGUGGACGAUGGUCUCCUUGAGGACAACGAAGAGUUUGUGGUUAACCUAGAGCUGAAUCCUGGGUCUUCUGCUGCACUAGAAAUCUCUAGUACCGUAGUUCUUAUUAUGGAAGACCUCAUGGAAGACACUGAGGAACCCAGCACUAAUGCCACAACUCUAGCUUCAACAGCUCCUACACUUCCUAUUGAAAAUGGGUGUGAGGCAGAGUUUGACGGAGUGUGGGGUCUCCACUGGCCAACGGCAGCUCAGAGAACCACAGCAUCAGUCUCCUGUGGCUUGGAAAACAAAGGGAUUGCUACCCGCAAGUGUCUAAAAGAUGCAAUAUGGGCCCCAGCCAAUAUCACAUUCUGUGAAAACCAAGCCAUAUCCGACAUCAGGAAAAUGGCAAAGGAGCUGUUUGAACAGCCUGUCGUUCAAGUAACAGAUGCACUGAUGGUGCUAAGAGUGCUAACAGAGGCUGCUUCAAUUAUAGCGAAUGCCACCAAUAUGUCCCAACUCCCACGAGAUAUUGAGACGGCCAGUGAUAUUGUUGCCAAGACAGUGGAUCUCCUGCUAGCCAGUACGCCUGGCAGCAACAGCAGUGGGGGCAUGCAACCUGUGGAAGUUGAUGUGAAUGAG